AUUUCGGCUUCAACAGUUAAUCACACAUGAAAUACAAAAUAGUUUUAUUAUCCAAUGCUUUUUUGUGUCUCGCAUCUCAGGGGCUCUAGAGCUCCCUUAUCAUUUUAUGUCACAUCCUACUAUACUGCUAAAUUAUCGUAAAUCAAACUUUAUGUAAUUAUUUAUAAAUCGACAACUAUAAGAAAACUUGCAGAUACUUAAUAAUUCUUAUUGUUAUUUUAUAACACAUUCUGUAUUCUGAUCAUACAGAGUUAAUAUUUAGUAAUAUUGCAAGCAGUUUUGUGUUACAGUAUUUGAGAAAUUGUAACGUAGGAACAGAACUUACAUAGAAACAAUUAGUAAAAUAAUAUAGAAUAUAUAGAAAGGUAGGGUUAUCUUUCAACCGAAAUCUCGAAAGGAUUUUUAAUCAUAAAAUAUUAUUUCAACGUUAGACAAAUGAGUAUAAUUAAGAAGAACAGUGCUUCCACUGAAAAUAUAAAUGGACAUAAAGCACCUAGUGUAAAUGAAAUUCAGAUACCUGUGCCAUGGGGUCACAUAAGCGGCAUUUGGUGGGGACCAAUGGAAGAGCAACCGAUAGUGGCAUUACAUGGCUGGCAAGAUAAUGCUGGGACAUUUGAUGCUUUAAUUACAUUAUUACCAUCAGAUGUAUCCAUUUUAGCCAUAGAUUUGCCUGGUCAUGGUUUUUCAUCCCACCUUCCUAGUGGACAAUAUUAUUAUAUGUUUUGGGAUGGGCUUUUUGCACUCCGUAGAGUUGUUAAACAUUACAAGUGGAACAAGGUGAAAUUACUUGGACAUUCUUUGGGAGGAGCAAUAUCAUUUCUCUAUGCUGCAUCAUAUCCUGAUGAAGUAGAGUUCAUGAUAAGUUUAGACAUUGCAAGUCCGAGCGUAAAAGACAUAACAAAAACUCCUACCAUCACCGGUGACAUAAUCGAUAAAUUUUUAAAAUAUGAAUUGCUGCAAUCUGAUAAUAUUCCGUCUUACACGUACGAAGAAGUGCUUGAUAUAUUAGAACAAGCUUACAGUGGUUCUAUAACUAAAGAAAGUGCAAUGAUACUAAUGAAACGUGGUAUACAGCAUUCCUCUGUACCUGAGCGAUACUUCUUUUCGCGUGAUCCAAGGUUAAAGGUUUCUACAUUGGGUACAUUAUCUUUGGAUUUAGUACUUGCAUAUGCCGCACGAAUAAAAUGCGCUUAUCUUAAUAUUCGUGCUGUGCCUGGAAUGGAAUUUGAAAUUCCUGAAAGUUAUGAUCAAGUUUUGAAUCAAAUAAAAAUAGGUGCUGAAAGAUUUGAAUAUCAUAAAGUGGAAGGAACUCAUCAUGUACAUUUAAAUAAUCCUGAGAGGAUUGCACCUAUAAUUAAUAAUUUUAUAAGUACUUAAUGAUAGAGAAAUUUAGAUGAAAAUCAUAAAAGUAAACAACAGUUAUGGUAAAAAUUAGUUUCAUGCAAGCUAUAUUAGCUGGUGGAAGUAUUUAAUUUAAAUAUUAAUUAUUUUAAUAAUUAAUUUCGUAUUUUGUAUGUAUUACAUAAUGUAUUAUAUACAGAUACUUGAAAGCAACAACAUCUUAUACUUUGAAUGAACUAAUUUAAUUUAGCAAAAGUAUAUUAAUUUAUAAUGAAAUAUUUUAUACGUAUGUUUAGAGUUAAUGUUGAUCAUUAAAAAUUAUUUAAUACAAAUAUACUAUUUUUUUAAAUAGUAAUAAAAUGAAAGUAUUUUCAAAUGCAUCAACUUGUUUAUUCAAAAGAACAACUUUACAGAUAUUUUAAUUACAAUAUUGGUUUCUUUCUAUUUUUUACUUCCCAAUUUAUGUGCUCGUCGCGAGUUACAAGCACCUCAAAAGAAUUAAUUAAUCUUUUAAAUGCUGUGUAAAAAACAGCAAUGAAGCUUAUUUUGUAAUAUUUAUAGGUACAUUAUUGUUUUAAUGGCUACUUCGUUCGGUUGACAACGGUGAUAAUACUAUAAUGACCUCGUAAUGCAGCGCAGUAAACUUGUAUCAGUUUAUGCUUUCAUACAUAAUUCGGUAGUAAAUGACCUCAAGGUGAAAUUACGCUAUCGUUACGCUCUAUUUUGUUGCAACUCUUUUCUGAAAUAUUAACAAAAUUUAUUUUGUACUUAAUAAUAGCAAGUGUGGAAUUGUAAUACGCCUAAGCAUGAGAUUGUUGUCUAUAAUUUAUUACGACAAAUUAUUUAUUGCAAAUAAAAAAACAUUUUACAAAA